AGGGGAAAGAUAAGGAUAGAUCGGGAGUCCGCUCGCGAGAGAGAGAGAAAGGGUCGAGAGGGAGGAGGAAUCGCCUGACACGAUGGGCGCCACCGGCCAGCGUCGGAUGCCAUCUCUGCCCGCGGCGGCGGCCGCGCCUCUCCUGCUUCUGCUCGCCGUGUCCUCCUGGAGCCAGGCGGCGGCGGGCGGCGGCGCUCCGGCCUGGACGACGGCGCUGGAGAAGCACGUGGCGUUCUUCGACACCGACAACGACGGCAUCGUCUCCUUCUCCGAGACCGAGCAAGGGCUUCGUGCCAUCGGUCUCGGAGCUAUCGAGGCGGCGGCCAGCGCGACCCUGAUCAACGGAGCCAUCGGACCCAAGACCAGACCUGAAAAUGCUACGACGUCGCGGUUUGACAUCUACAUAGCCAACAUCCAGAAAGGGAUCCACGGGAGCGACAGCGGCUCGUACGAUGCUCAAGGAAGGUUCGUUCCGGCCAAGUUCAACGACAUAUUCACCAAGUACGCCAAGGUCAAGCCGAACGCCCUGAACGAGGACGAGCUGGAUGCGAUGCGAACUGCCAACAGGAAGGAGGGUGACUUCAAAGGAUGGGCGGCGUCGAAGGCGGAGUGGGGCCUGCUCUACAGCCUCGCCAAGGACAAGGACGGCUUCCUUCAGAAGGACACCGUGCGCACCGUCUACGACGGUAGCCUCUUCGCUAAGCUGGCGAAGAAGGCUGGAAAUUAACCGAGCGUUAUUUGUAUUCGUACUUCUUUUCGAGAUGAAAAUUGUACCCGUAUUAUUUGGGUCUUGCUCGUUGAGCAUGAGUUGUCCCUGUACAAUUAAAAUUAAAAUCUGCUAGUGCAAAUAUAAUUUACUGUUCCAUUUGGCA